CAAACGCACGUUAAUUUGGUUAUACAUUUUUAUACGAUCAAGUAUUACUAAUAUAAUAUGUUGGAUAAAUAUUAAAUAGUGUGGUAGAAUAAAAAAAAAUAUUUAAAAUUACAAAACAAUUUCUUGAAGACAUAUUGCACACAACCUAUUCAACAUGAACUACUUGGUGGGCAUGGUAGUAGGUUACCUGUCGUUACUUAAGGCGUCUGGCCAGCAGCAGGGAGGCCUGCUGGAAAACCUCGGCGAAGGAAUCCAACAGCAGAUCAGACCAAUUAAGCAACCCAUCGACGAAUCCAUCGCAUAUGUCGGCUCCGCUGGAUGUGCUCACGUGAAGAAACUGCUGGGAGUCGCGUACGAGCAACUGGAGGGAGUCAGGGAACCAGAUCUCAACUCACUCUCGUUGUACUAUAAAACUAGGGCUAGCAGUAAGGUAUAUAACAUCAGCGUGGCCGCGGAGGCAAUCACACGAGCGCGUGCCUUCAACCCUCAGAGGAACCUCAUCAUCUUUGUGCACGGCUUCAUCGAUGAUCCAACAAAGGAUAGCUUUAAAAACAUCAGCGAAGCAUUUCUUAGAAGUGGUGAGACGAGUGUGUUAGCGCUGGACGGCAGUCCGCUCAUCCACUGGUUGUACCUUCGCGCCACCACCUACGUGCAAUUCAUGGGCCGCAAGCUGGGCGAGGUGCUCGCUGCUAUGGUCAAAGGCGGCACAGACCCGGCUUCAAUCCACUUAAUCGGUCACAGCCUCGGCUCCCACAUCAGUGGCUUUGCUGGCAAGACUCUGCUCAAACUGACGGGGCGAAGGCCCGGCCGCCUCACCGCGCUCGACCCCGCAGGGCCAUGCUUCACACACGUUGAUGCGGACCUCAGGGUCAAAGAUACGGACGCGGACUACGUAGAUUGUAUACAUUCGGAUAGUGGUGUGUACGGGAUGAAGGAUCCUAUUGGACACGCGGACUACUUCCCCAACGGCGGGAACUCUCAGCCGGGCUGUUUGCUGCAGACUUGCAGUCACUCGCGCUCUUGGCUCUACUUCGCAGAGUCUCUGCUCGAGCGCACCUCCUUCGCCGCCAGGAGAUGUGCCAGUUGGGAACACUUUAAAAGGGAUCAGUGUGAUGAUGAAGUCAGCUACAUGGGUAUAGACUCGAAGCCGGGCACAAAGGGCAAGUUCUUCCUGCAGACGGGCUUCCUGUUCCCGUACGGGCGCGGGGGCGAAGGCCUAAAGUACAGGGAACCUCCAAACAUUAUACAGGCCGUCGCGGGCUCCAUAUUAAAAGACGAAGAUCAGGAUAAUAUGCUGCAGUCAACUGCCACUGUUCUAAAAGAUCAAGACACGUCGAAGUUACUACAAGUUCUCGCGGGUUCAAUAGACCAAGAUCCGAAAAUACUAAUUCAGUCCGUUGCGAGUUCUGUUAAAGACCAAGAUCCGACAAAGUUACUGCAGUCUGUCGCUGGUUCAGUUAUAAAAGACCAGAUUCAGUCCAACGUAUUGCAGUCUGUAGCUGGUUCAGUCAAAGAACAGGAUCCUUCGAAGUUAUUGCAUUCGAUCGCUAGUGGUGUACUAGAAGACCAGAAUCCCUCAAAAUUGCUGAAGUCAUUCACAGGUUCUGUAUUCGGAGGAUAACUAGAUAAUUGUAAUUUUAUGUGCGGUUUCUGUAAAUA